UUGAGCAUUGGAGUGAUUUCAAUUUAUUCCUAUACAAUGUGGGCAAUUAAACAGGAAAGUUUUCUAGAUGACUUCAAUGAACCUGAAAAAGUCAGUAAUUAAAUGAGUUAAAGUUUCAUUUGCAAAUUUGUGAAACUAAAAAUGUCUAUUGCAAGAUUACCUCCAUUUCCUACAAUACGUGAUAUAAUCAAACUUUAUCGCUUAUCCGCAAUAAAACAGUUAUCACAAAAUUUUUUAAUGAAUGAACAGCUUUCUGAUAAAAUAGUCAGAUGCACUGGUAUUUUUUGUGAUUCUCAAGUUUUAGAAAUAGGUCCAGGUCCAGGAGCUAUUACUAGAUCUAUUAUUAAAAAAAGGCCUCGUCAAAUAGUACUUAUAGAAAAAGAUGAAAGAUUCAAGCCUGCCCUGGAAAUGAUGAAAGUUGCUUGUUCUGGUGUUACAGAUGUCGUUGAUUUAAUUUUUGAUGAUAUAAUGACUGUGAAUCUGACAAAUAUGUUCAGUAUAGAAAGCAAGAAAGAAUGGACUGAAAUGUCUCCAAACAUUUUCUUUAUUGGUAAUUUACCUUUUAGUAUAUCAACUGCUUUACUUAUAAAAUGGUUAAAAAAUAUAUCUGAACAAAAUGGAGCAUGGUCAUUUGGCCGAGUUCAGAUGACUUUGACUUUUCAAAAAGAGGUAGCAGAAAGAUUGGUUGCAGAAGCUGGCCAAAGUCAGAGAUGUCGUUUAUCAGUUAUAACACAAGCCUGGACCAUUCCUAAAUUGAAAUUCAUUAUACCUGCUAGUGCAUUUGUUCCUAAACCGGAUGUUGACGUCGGUGUUGUUUCUUUGAUUCCUUUAAAAAAACCUCGUACACAUCAUAAAUUUGAAUUUUUUGAAAAAAUAAAUCGCCAUAUAUUCAGUUUUCGUCAAAAGUAUUCGGCUACAUGUGCUGGGUAA